AUGGCAAACCAACUCCCCAAUAUCUGGCAUCUUCGCCGAGUGGCAGAUACAGCAGCGCGAGCCUGUUUGAUCUGCCACAAGCCGUCGAGUAGUGUCUUGAUCACCCCGAACAGCAAGGACUACUUCUAUAUUUGCCCCGUUCAUCUUAAAGACCGACACUUCUGCUCGCCAGUUAUCAAUGCAGAGGAAGAGGAGGCGAAGAAGAAAUCGCAGGCAAUGGAACGGGAGAUAGAGAAUGUGAAGAAGGAGUAUGAGGAGAGGCAGAAGAAGAAGAAGGAGAAAGAGAAGGACAAGAAAGACAAGAACAAGGACGACUCCAAAGAUGCAUCCGAGAAUGACUCAAACAAGAAGGCAGACUCCGAUAAGAAGGAGGAGAAGGAACGAGAUGAUAAGAUUGAUGCUAUCAAGAAACAAAGCACAAACACAUCCACAUCUGGGUCGGACGACUCGCCACGUAUUUUUGAGCUGCAUAGAAAUUUUUACCAAAUGCGCAUCGACAGAAUGCGUAACAUGGAAGCCGCCAAGCGGAACCGUCAACGGCUUCAAGACCCCUCGUUCUUCCCGUCUGCUCCUUCUGGGGGUCUGUGA